AUGAAAUUCCGACGGACUAAAGUAGUCAAAGAAAACCCCUUCUCGGGACUGGUCUCGGACCAGGAAAUCGCCCAUGUUCCCGAAUACCAACUAGAGUCCGGAGUCACUAUCUACAAUGUUCCUAUCGCCUACAAGACGUGGGGAGUUCUGAAUGAAGCUGGAAAUAACGCCAUGGUUAUUUGCCACGCUCUUACCGGUUCCGCUGACGUCUCCGACUGGUGGGGCCCUCUUAUUGGCCCUGGCCGAGCGUUCGAUCCCACCCGAUUCUUCAUUGUGUGUCUCAACUCCCUCGGAUCACCCUACGGUUCGGCUUCUCCUUGCACCGCUGACAACACCCCCGGAGCUGAUAAGAACACAUACUACGGCCCCGAGUUCCCACUGGUGACCGUUCGAGAUGACGUUAACAUCCACAGACUGGUGCUGGACGACCUAGGAAUCAAGCAGAUCGCCUGUUGCAUUGGAGGAUCUAUGGGCGGCAUGCUGACGCUGGAGUACGCCUUUUUCGGUAAGGACUACGUGCGGACCUUUGUGGCGCUCGCCACUUCGGCUCGACACUCAGCCUGGUGCAUUUCCUGGGGAGAGGCCCAGCGGCAGUGCAUUUAUUCGGACCCCAAGUACGACGACGGGUACUACUCGUUUGAAGAUCCGCCCUCCUCGGGCCUCGGAGCCGCUCGAAUGGCUGCUCUGCUGACCUACCGAUCCAGAGACUCGUUUGAAAACAAGUUUGGACGAGACACGCCCGACCCAACUCGACAUAAGACAAUUAACGGACCCCAACGACGAGGUCCUCAGACUGCUUCUGAGGAGCAUUGGCUCAUUCACAACGACGGUCACAUGCGAGGAAAGAAGAUGGCCGAUGAAGAAGGUAGCUCCACUCCCACUGCCAACGGUGUUUCUCAGCCCUCUAGCGUGAGCACCAACGGUUCCAUUCUCGACGAUACAUCUUCUGUCUCUUCUUCGUCUUCGUUUGUUCCUCUUGCUGUCAAGAAGAAGCCACCCACCCACUUCUCAGCCCAAAACUACCUCCGAUACCAAUCGGACAAGUUCACAAAGCGAUUCGACGCCAACUGCUACAUCGCAAUCACCAGAAAGCUGGACACUCAUGAUGUGUCUCGAGAGAGAGCCGAAUCUGUUGAGGCUGCUCUCCAGACUCUCGAGCAGAACGCUCUUAUCAUUGGUAUUAAGUCUGACGGACUUUUCACAUUCGCUGAGCAGGAACUCAUUGCCGCAAACGUUAAGAACUCGCACCUGGUUACCAUCGACUCGCCUGAGGGCCACGACGCCUUCCUGCUGGACUUUGCUCUCAUUAACAAGGAGAUUGUCGAGUUCCUGGCCGCCAACGUGCCCGACAUUAUCAACACCAACGGCGUCUCCUGGGAGGAGGCCAAGGUGGGCGAGCUGGGCAAGUCAUCGCUGUUUGGUGAGGCCGAGGUCGAAAUCACCCAGUGGUGA